AUGUUUGAUGUGAGUCACGCGUCGUCGGAUAUCCCAAGAUAUAUAGCAGAUGAUUUCGAUUUGAUAACAGUUUUCGUUUCAUCAUCAAGUCUCGGACGAGUUUCACCUUAUGAGAGACUCCACAUGAUUGCGUUAUCAAUCAUGUUGCAUUGGACAUUAUGGUUGAUAACAGUUAAACUGCUACAACCGCCCGUUAUGCGUCCACUUAAUGUCUAA